AUUCAAUAAUUUAAUUUGACGUUAAUACAUUUUUUUAUCGAUUUAAUACCUUGUACAUUUUGUUAUUAAUUAGUAAACAUGAAUUGAUUAAGAACACUAAACAUUAAUGGAAAAUAAUGAUGGAAUAUAUGUGUGGAUUCGUUAUGUAUAUACUAAACGUUAACAAGGAUUUACAGAGACGUGCGUGCGUCAGUGUUUCGACUCAGAGGUCCUAUGUUUAUCAUCCAGAGUUGGCAUAUUUUUAAAUAGAGAAUACAUGGUUACGGUCGUAUGAUCACAGAAUUAUAUCGGACGAGGAUGAUAUCUAGAAAGAGGAGCAUGAAAAUUCCAAUGUGGGGCGAGAUUAGUGUUUUAUAUCGGAAAGUAACCUGAUAUUACAGAAAGUUGGCGGAGUCAAUUAGUGUUAUCGUUCAGUGUCCUAAUAACUUCGUAUGUAAGUAAAUAUAUGAGAUUGUUGUUUGUCAUGACAGUGGCAUAAUACAUACUGAUAAAUAUAUACCUGUUUUUAGAAUGUACACAGUUAUGACACAAAGUAUAAUGUCAUUAAAAAUUGACGAUUUUAUUACAUAACAAACAUUACAGUUAACGCUAAGUGCUAAGCAAAUGUUCUCAGAAGUAAUUAGUAAAGAAGGUGAUUCAUGCAAUAAUACAUCAAUUAACCGUGUUUAUUGCAGAGUAAAAUGUGUUUAGAUUGUUUAGACGUAUCGCUGUAGAAUUGGAUAUUUCCGUACGGUGGGCUACACAGGUCCGGUUGCUGUGAAAGGGCGUGAGCAAGUAUUUCAUGGUGAUCUUUGGUCGCAAAAUGACCUCAGGUUUAUGUGAGCAUUAAGUUCAAUAUGAGCUUUUCAAAUACGUGAAUGUUAAAAGUGGCGGUCAGGUUUCGAGCUUAACAUUUAGAGAAGUUAACUUGAAAUAUAUAUCUCAAAAUAAUUAGAGUAUAUUUGUUGAUUUUGGAGGAACAUCGAUUUUAAUUCACUGAUGAUCAUAGAAAAAAUAUUUUUCUAUGAUCACGAGUGAAUUUAAAAAGAUAUUACACGAAAUCCAACAAAUUUUCUUUUUAUAUUAUGCUUAUAAAUGAUUAUAUUUGUAUUUGUGCUGAAAUACUGACGUCGUAACGUCUUGAAAACAAGGUUAUUUCACAAUAUUACAGUGCACAUAAUCGAUAAUUUUCACUGUUAAUUUUGCCUUUUUGAAACAGUGAAUAAUCAGUUUAGAUUCACUGAUAAUUCCCCUAUAAACCACCGGAAAGCAUCAAAUAAAAUGAAAUCAGUUGAUAUUAAUAUUUCUGAAUAUCUCGGAAAAUAAUAAAUUUUAUAAUAAUACAUAAUUAUAUUUUGAUUACGAAUAUCCGAAUUUCUUAUGAAUGUGCACAGUGUGAAUUUUAAUUUAUGUUUCAGUUCAUAAACUAAGGCUAUAGAAUAAGUAAUUCUAGCGUGUUUCUUCGAAUUAGGUACAUUGUUUAAAUAUUGAUUGUCUUGGUUACAUGAUUAUCGAUUACCCUCUUUAAAUAAAAAUGACCUCUUUACAGAGUAACCAUGGCGGGGAUUGUAUACGGUAUUGCGCAGAUUUUACCUCUGAGCGUCAUUCAAAUACAGUUACUUAUAUCGGGCUUAGAGCCAAAUCCUGGACCACUAACAGCAAAUAGCAAAGUUAUCGAGAUGAACACUGACAUUCUGGAGUCGUCUGAUGUUGGCAAGCGUACCCGUGUUCAACCGUACAGACCUAAUGUGUCUUCCGCUGAAGUCACUGAACAUGGCUGUGCGCUUUUUAGGCUAGAAAUGAAUGACAAACGUAAAAAGGACCUGAACAACAAAAAUAAUCUAGAUUUGCAGCUGCGGGAAUUUUCGAUAGUUCUUGAUGACAUACAUAAUUUAGGAACAAGAACUGAACUGGAGAUAUCGCCACUGAUCUACAUCAGCAAAAAACAAUUGUUUGUCAUGUUUCCAAUGUCGUUAUGGUGGAAGCGAUUACAUUUUUCAGAGGCCGCUAAAUGUCCAAAUGUUGGCCUUGCUUAUCGAAAUGAUAUGGGCCAAAGUGUGUGCUGUACAGAACCACGUUUCGGACAGUUAGAGAAUCGAAUAUAUAAUGAGACUAUCCAAUCCAUUAAGCAUGACGAUUUAAUGCCAAUUUUCGGGGGAUUCGAAAAACUUCGGCAUAAUUUAAAUCGCCAUCAAAUUUUACGUCCAAACCUCACGGAUUGUGUUUUUAAUAACCUACCUUUUGAGUUAGAUGUUAACGAUAAUAAACAGCAAAAAAUGCAUAAUGAACAACCAUGCAUGCUUAAUCUCAAAGGCGGUUAUCCUCAAAACGAUUACAUGAAAUGGACCCAUAGAAUGGGUUCCUUAACAAGAUUCACAACAUCAACAACAGAACCACAACGUGAAGACCUAUGUGCAGCAGGAUUUUUCUCUGAUCAACAUACCGGUAGCUGCGAUAGAGUACGCUGUUUCUGUUGCGGCAUUGGGAUGAAAAAUCUAUCCGACUUUGGUAAUCCACUGCUGGCACACGUUAAACAAUCCCCAAACUGCCCCUUUCUGAUGGAGUGCAGCAAGAAACUGCGUGGGUCCAAAACUAUCAGACAGAUUGGAGCGCAGAGAGGUUUUGAAGACCAAGCUCAGUGUUUCUCAUGCGGCUAUUUCGUCAACGAAUGGAAACCAGCAGAAUAUUCCUGGAUUGAACACUGUCAAUGGUUUCCCUCCUGUUCAUAUGCAAAGGCAGAGAAUUGCGACGAAUUUAUUAAUCUUAUCGAAUUUUCCAAUCGUCUAACAGCAGUUGAAAGCUUUUUACAAGAUGAUGGGACAAAUCGUGCAGGUGCCACAAUAAAUAUAGACAAAAGAGUAAUACAGCAAGUAGUGGAGAAACAUCAAAAUGUCAUAAUCUGUGACAUGGGAUUUCGUGAGGACGAUGUCAGAAACGCAGUACUAAAGCUUCUGCAAGGAGGUAUAGAAGACCCAGACAUAGAGGAUAUCGUUAUGCAUUUGAAGAUGAUCAAUGAAAUUACGUGUCUUAUUGAACAGUUUGAAACGCAACAGCCACUAGUUCCUGCUCCAACUGGUGCACUACUAGAAAUAAAGCAAAACUUUUGUCAUAUAUGUAAACAAAACCCAGUGGACGCAUUGUUUCUACCGUGCACUCAUCACAAAUUCUGCAUGCGGUGCACAGAACACAGCGGAAUAUGCACAUAUUGUGGCAGACCGAUAAAACAAAGGAUCCGCACGACGUACAUGAACUAUAUGUGAUAACAAUACAUAGCACGUUCAUGGAAGCAUUCACGCGUAACAAAAAUGCAAAUUUUACAUUAUUUUAAUCCAGUCUUUGAAGGUAUUUUGAUUAAGAAAGUAUUUUCUAACUAUCUUUCUUAAAUGUAAGUUUCGGAAUUUACUCAUUGAAAUUAAUAGACUGUAAUAAUAUUGUGAAUUUUAUUCUUAUAUUGAUGAAAUAUUUUAUCUUUAACAUGAAGUACAAAAAACAAGUACCAAAUUUUAAUUGUUUUGUCCAUAGUCUUAAACUAAAAAUCCAGAUUGAGAAAGAAAAAGCCCUCAGUAAUGACACAUUACAAAUCUUUGAACAAAAAUGGAAUCGGAUUAAAUUCUCAUAAUGUUUGUCCACUUAUAUACAUUUCACUCUAAUGUUAGUUUAUCUUUCUAAAAUAUUUAUAUAUAUAUAUAUUUUUUCAAUCUUAUAAGAUCAUUGUGAAUAUACAACAAAACACACAAGUCCAGUAUGCUUUCUUCCGACUUUAUACAACUCAUCAUUUUUCAUAACUAUUCUUCUGUUGUUCUUUUCUUUUCUCUUUAAAAAAAUAUAUAUUGGCAUAUCUUGUAUUACAUGUCUGAACUUUAUUGCU